CAGGCGGAAGCGAGGAUGCAGGCGGCGGAGCGCGAGGCGGAGGCGGGGGCGGGGGCGGGGGCGGCCGGGCCCGAGCCCCCCGCCGCGCCGCCCGCGCCGGCCCCCCCCGCGCCGCCGCCCUUCGACCUCUUCCGUCUCGUGACGCGGCGCCGCCGCCUGAGCCUCUACCUGGAGCCGCUGCGGGACGCGGCCCGCGCCGCCCGCGCGCUGCUGCGGUGGCAGCAGCCGCUGUGCUCGCUCCUCGCCUGCCUCGGCCUCAACUUCCUGCUGCUCACACUCAGCCGAGCGGCGUGGUACGGGGUGUGCGCGGCGCUGGUGGCGCUGCCGGCGGCGCUGGGCUACCUGCAGGAGACGUGCCGCGUGCGCCGGCCGCCGCGCGAGCUGGCGCGCAGGAAGCACCACAGCGUGCGGCGCCAGGACCUGCCGCAGGCGCCGCUCUCGCGCUCCGAGGCCAUCGCCGAGGUCAAGACCUUCCUGAUCCAGCUGGAGGCCUUCCUGAGCCACGUGUGCGGGCGCUGCGAGGCCGCCUACCGCGUGCUGCGCUGGGAGGACCGCGCCGCCUCCACCCAGUUCUACGGCGCGCUGCUGGGCUCCAUCUGCGUCCUGUACCUGCUGCCGCUCUGCUGGGUGCUCGCCCUGCUCAACAGCAGCCUCUUCCUGGGCAACGCCGAGUUCUACCAGGUGGUGCUGGAGUUCAAGGCCACAGUGGAGCAGCAGCUGGGCAUCAGGCCCAUUGAGAGCCCCUCGACCUCACAGCCGGCUGAGAUUGAGGCAGGUGCUGGGGCAGCUGCGCCCCUGCCGGAUCGGACCCCCACACCCACCAGUGCCGAGGACCUGACGCCUGGCAGCGUGGAGGAGGCAGAGGAGGCAGAGCCUGACGAGGAGUUCAAGGAUGCCAUUGAGGAGAACCAGCUGCUGGGCCUGGAGCUGCUCUACCCCCAGGAGGACGACGAGAGUUCGCAGUGCUCGGUAGAGUUUGACCUCCCGGACAACGGCUUCCUGAGCAAGAACGAGGUGAUCCGCAGCAAGGUGUCGCGCCUCACCGAGCGCCUGCGCAAGCGCUGCCCCUCCAACAACUUCGGCAGCUGCACCGGUUGUGCUGCCACCUUUUCCGUGCUCAAGAAAAGGCGGAGCUGCAGCAACUGUGGGAACAGCUUCUGCUCCCGGUGCUGCUCCUACAAGGUGCUCAAGUCCUCCAUGGGAGCCACAGCUCCGGAGGCGCAGCGGGAGACGGUGUUCGUGUGCGCGCCUUGCAGCCUGGCUCUUGCCAAGUGAAGCAUGGCGCAUCCUGCCCGGCCCUGCCCUGCCCAGCGCCUGCUGCAGCCGUGAGUGGGGCAGGGGCCUGGCCUGGCCUGGCCUCCCCACGGCUGCUUCCUCUGCCACCUGCCCCUCGCUGCUCUGCAGCCAUCCCCGCCCCAGGCCGGGCAGUGCUGUGGGUUCCAGCUUGGCAGCUCCGUUCAGGUGUGUGGGGGCAACAGGCCUAGUGCUGAGCGGAGCCAUGGGGGCAGCUGGCCUGUCCUCGCCCUGCCUGGCUAGGUGCCCCCGGCGUCCUCAGAGCCCCGCUAGGCCAGGAUGAGAGCGGGGCGUGAGUGAGAGACGGGCUGUCUUUGCAGAGCCCGGGUGGGGCCUGUGAUCUCUGGCUGUGGCUGGGGAGGGGGGGUCCCCAGGGCUCUUCCGGGUCUCUGGCCUGGAACCUGCUGCUGGGCACUGGGUCCCUCCCCCCCCCAGGCAGGAUGGGACUCGGGAGUCUUGCCCCCUCAGGGGAGCCAGCCUGGUGCAGAGCGUCAAGGCUGGGGCCGUCUGGGUCCCAGAGCAGGUACUCUUGGGGCAGGACCCCCCUCCUCUCCCCAGGCCUGUCUGCAGCUGCUGCUUUGGACCAAGAUUAAUGUAUUAGUGUGUCUGAGACCAAUAAAAGCCUCAGCUGGA